AUGCAUGCUUUAGUUGAGAAAAUGGGAAGGCAGAUUGUGCGUCAAGGAUCCAAGAAAAAGCCUCAUAAACAAUUAAUUUUGUGGGAUCCCCGGGAAAUUUCUAAAGUACUGGGACAUAACUUGGGGACAAACCAAAUUCAUUGCUUAGCACUGCACAUGUGUGAGAUGCGUAGAAAUUUAGCUAUAAGCUGUAUUAAUUUCUUGCCGUUGUAUAAUCUCAAGUAUUUAAAGUUCUACAAGCAUCUGGAUGAUACAGACUCCAAACUGCAAUUUGUUACAGAAGAUAAUAUACUUCCCCCUGACCUUGAGCUUAGGUUGCUUCAUUGGGACGCAUAUCCGUUGAUAACACUUCCUUUCGAUCUACACCUAGAGUGUCUUGUUGAACUCAAGUUCCGGUACAGUAACCUCGAGAGCCUUUGGGAAGGGACACCGGAGCUUGGGAACUUGAGGAGACUAGAUGUGACGGGGUCUAAGAAUCUGAAAUAUUUUCCAGAUAUUUCAAUGGCCAAGAAGCUGGAGGACGUGUCAAUGAAUGAUUGCGCGAGGCUGGAACAAUUUCCAAGUCAAAUUUCCGUGAUUUUGUUUGCCUUGAGAUCAAGCGGAACAACUUUCAGGUGCCACAGCUUUUCAGACUUCCCUCUUUUGACAGUAUUAAACCUCAUCAACUUGAAUCUUGAAAACAUCCCAUCAAGUCUUGGUAAAAUGCAUGCUCUAGAGAAAUUGAAUUUCAGCGGAAAUGACUUCAAAAGUUUACCUAGAACCAUGAAACAACUCCAGAAGUUGAAAUAUCUGGACCUCCAUAACUGCUGCAAACUAGAAGCAUUGCCACCACUAACUCAAGUAGAGACGCUUAUACUUUCCAACUGUAUCAACCUCCAAUCAUUGCUAGAACUCCCUAAUUUACUAGAGGAUCAUGGCAUACACCACUUGCUUGAGCUUGAGCUUGAUAACUGUAAAAACGUUCAAUCACUUUCGCACCAGCUCAGCCAUUUCACCAAUUUGGAAAAGCUAGACCUCAGCAAACACGAUUUUGAAACAAUGCCUGCUAGCAUCAAAGAGCUAUCCUCGUUAAGAACUAUUAGCCUGAACAGUUGUAGGAAACUCAAAUCAUUGGAAGAGCUUCCAUUAAGCCUUAAAUGUCUCUACGCACAUGGCUGCUACUCACUGGAAGGUGUAACCCUUUCAUAUGGGCAUUAUUUAGAAGACUUUGAUCUUGAUCAUUGCUUCCAUUUAAAGCUAGAUAUUCUUCUAAUUACUUGGUCUCCAACUAAAAGCCGUAGCAAAAAGGUACCAGGUUGCUGUUUCCCAGAAUCUGGGAUGCCAAAUUUAUGUACAUGA